AUGGUAAAUCUAGACAGGUAUGUCGUAGACAUAAUACUAUUAGCAGUUGAUCUCAUUGGUGUAAACUUGUGGAUCCAUUUAUAUAUGUUUACCAAGAGAUCAAAACCAAGAUGGGUUUAUGGCCAAAAUGAACCAAGUCAUGAGAACCAUGAACGGUUUAUGGGAGAUAUUGUAGAAGGUUCAAAACCAGAAGCUACCUUACCUGAUGUAGUGUUUUCCCGCUCUCUCUCUACUAGUUUCAGAAUUAUCCCAAGUCCUUCACAGUAUCCUAUAUCCACCGACUCAGGGCUCAAGCCGUCCGUCUUGGUUUUGCUUUCUUCCCCGGUGUUUCGCUGUUGCCGAACAACUAAAUUAAGGGAGAUUGCCGCCCUCUUCCACCGUCACCGCCGCCGCCUCUGCUCUCUCCUCUCCUCCCCAACCAUCUUCUCCUUCACUCUUCAGUACUUGCAAUCUAUCUCCCUUCACAAGAAGUCCCUUUUAAUCGCCCAUUAUCUAUUGCUUAAUCUCUCCGUUUUGAACCACUUCAUGAGGAGUAAUACCACCGCGCCACCCUACGCCGCCACCGGAAUGAAACUCCGGGACCUCGAUGCGGUUCUUCUUUUACUUCUUCUCUGCGAGUUGCAUCAGAAUGAACCGGAAGCUCUUGAAUCGCCUCCAUCAUUCUGGCGGGGGGUUCUGUGUAAUUAUGUGGCUGAUACAAUGUUGAAAUUGACUAGCUUUGGAGCAUCCAAUGGUGAAGUUCUGAUGGAGUACAUAGAGAAGGUGGUUAAAUGUAGGAAUUUUGUUAAUGUAAUGGGUCGUGAUAGUGGUGGUGGUGAUGAAGGGAAGGAUGGCAGGGAGGUGGCGACGUCCGUGGCGGCGGUGGUUGCUUUGCCUUCGGUGGAGGUGAGUGGCGGCGGCAGGGAGUGCGUAAUAUGCAAAGAAGAGAUGAUCAAAGGAAGAGACGUGUGUGAAUUGCCAUGCAAUCAUUUGUUUCAUUGGAUGUGUAUAUUGCCUUGGUUGAAGAAGAGAAACACGUGUCCUUGUUGCCGGAGCAGACUUCCAACCAAUGACGUUCUCAGCGAGAUCGACCGGUUGCUAGAGGAUCUUGUCAAGAUCGGUGAUGGCGAUGAUAGAUUGUACCGUGAACGCUCUAUACAUGAUUAAUUGAUUUAAAGUUCGUCUUGUAAAAUCUUGAAAUUGAUAAAUUAAUGCAAAAUAUAGGUACUAUUUCUCCCUCGA